AGAACAUCACAAUAGGCUGCCUCCUCUUCAGAUUCUUGCAUUCCCUCUUAAUGGAGCCGCAUAACAUCGGAACAAAAGCAAUUGUUUGUGGCUCGCCAAAAUUAGGAAGCGUCUUUCCGUGAAGAAACGGAAAAGACAUCCGCAAGCGUCUACAGCAUCCGCGGGUAAUUCGUCGGGCUGCCCGUGCCGCUUUGCUAAACUAGCUAGCAACUAAAACAGAAUUAAAGCACCUUUUAUUGUGAGUUCCUGUCAGAUACCAGUUCUUGGGCUGCGGAGGCUCAGUCUCGUUUACCUUUAGAGAUAUCUCUCUGGCUUUCGGAGUUUAGUAUUCAUAUUUUUACCUGGGACAUCAGCCAGUUCGUGAUCCAUUUGUCCCUCCCUGCAGAUCUGUCCUGAUGCUGUCAAGGUCAAAGCUCAGUGCAUGAUGUGUUUCUGCUGUGACGGAGAAGACCUCCACCUUGGGCAGGGUUCAUUGUUGUCUCUUCCUGAUCCCUGUCCUCCGCAAUAAUGACUGACAAGAGGAACCCACCGUUUUUCAAUGAUGACAAUGUAGGCGUGCUGCACUACAAGCUGCCCUUCAGCGAGACCAUGGAGCUGUUCAUUGAGACUCUGACAGGAACAUGCUUCCAGCUGCGUGUCUCUCCAUUUGAACAGGUCGUCUCCGUCAAGGCCAAGAUUCAGAGAUUGGAGGGCAUCCCGGUGUCUCAGCAGCAUUUGAUUUGGAAUGGUAUGGAGCUUGAAGAUGAGUACUGCUUACAUGAUUACAGCAUCACAGAGGGCUGCACACUCAAGCUGGUGCUCGCCAUGAGAGGAGGACCUGUAAACACUAGACGAGUGACAGUGACAGAUGACUCUGUGCGGGAUAUCAGCGACUGCCUUGAUGCCGGGAGAGAGGAGAUGUGGGAAAAAUCUCUGCCUAAUAAACAGGUCACCUUCCUGGUGUACCGCGAGGGAGACCAGCUCAAUUUCUUCCGCGUGGUGGAUCGGGGCGAUGGGACACUCACACCUGUGUCUGAAUCAUUGAGUGGUGCUUCUGUACGAAAUGUGCGCGCAGAGGAGGAGGAGGAACAAGAAAGUGCUUCUUCAGAGCUGCAGACGCUAGAAAACUCCAUCACAAUGGGCAAAAUGAAGCUGCUCAAGGCCAAGAUGGAGAACAUGAACCUUAACAAAAAG